GGGGCAUACACUCUCCCAACACCUGCACCUGGUCACUUGAAUCUCACUCAGUCACCUCCAAACUCACUUUUACGGAUCAGCGGACCAACAUCUCGAUCACAUCACGGUGAUGGUUGUUGCCAUCCAGGUUUAAACUUUUUUCUCUCUUUUUUUUUGGAAAGAGUGGAAAAGGCGUUAAAGGAUUAGUUGUUUCCCCUCCUCCUCCUUUUUUUAAAAAAAAAUAUGUUGAGUGAAUGCCUUUGGUCAAUGGCGACCGAUUAGCCUUCGGUUUUUCCUCAGAAGAGGAAUUAGCAAACCUACCGGAUUGUUUUAUGCCUGCGCAGAGCUGCUGACAGAGAUUUUCCAGCCCAGCUCCGAGGCGCAAAACGCGAGGAGUGCAGCGGUAACAUCCCGCAAGUUUGGGAUCUGAAAGGCACGGCGGCUUUCCCGAAAGCCCGGUAUCAAAGGCCUGUCAUAUUUUCCAGCGCAGGUGCGAAGAUUUGGACGUUGUUCUCUCCUGCCAAACGAGACGUCUUGCCUUGGAAGGCUGCAGGCCAAACUUCUGAUCAGAGAGAUCAGAGAAAAUUUAGAUCUCUGUGGGCUACCUGCGUGACUGUUACCAUGACAGCAUCUGGAGCCCAGCUCCUCCUUUUGGCCCUCUGUGUUUGCAGAAGCUUGGGCGUGCAGCAGUCUGCUCCUCGGGUUCGCCUCUCCUUUAAAGAACUGAUGGACACAAGAGCGGCACGACCCUUCAGCUUCACCUUCAACACCAGCGAUUACCGUGUACUUCUGAUGGAUCAGGACCAGGGACGUCUGUACUUGGGCAGCCGGGAGUACCUGGUGGCUCUGGACAUGCACAAUGUUAACAAGGAGCCACUCAUAAUCCACUGGCCAGCAUCUGCUAAGAGAAAGGGAGAAUGUCAGAUGACAGGAAAGGGAAAACAGGGUGAAUGUGCCAACUUUGUGCGGUUGAUAGAGCCGUGGAACCGCACCCACCUCUACACUUGUGGAACAGGAGCGUACCAACCCAUCUGCACAUUCAUCAACAGAGGCUGGAGGGCAGAGGACUACCUGUUUAGGCUGGUCCCUGGGUAUGUGGAUUCGGGGAAGGGAAAAUGUUCCUAUGAUCCCAAACAGGAGAAUGUUGCAGUUUUGAUCAAUGGUAAUCUAUAUGCAGGGGUACAUAUCGACUUCAUGAGUACAGAUGCUGCUGUGUUUAGGACCAUGGGAGGAAGAACGGCAAUCAGGACGGAGCAGUAUGACUCCAGAUGGCUCAACGAGCCUGUGUUUAUUCGGAUCCAGCAGAUCCCUGACAGUGCAGAAAAGAAUGACGACAAACUGUACUUCUUUUUCCGAGAGAAGAGUCUAGACUCCAGCGGCGGGGCGAGUCCCACUGUUUUAGCCAGGGUGGGAAGAGUGUGUCUGAAUGACGAAGGAGGACAGAAGUCCCUGGUGAACCGCUGGACGACGUUCCUGAAGGCUCGUCUUAUCUGUUCGGUGAUAGGAGAAGACGGGGUGGAGACACGAUUUGACGAACUACGGGAUGUGUUUAUACAGCCAACGCAGGAUGAACGAAACCCUAUGGUGUACGCUCUCUUCACUACAGCGGGCUCUGUGUUCAAGGGAUCAGCAGUCUGUGUUUACUCAAUGGCUGAUAUCCGCAACGUAUUCAACGGACCGUUUGCCCACAAACAUGGCCAUAAUUAUCAAUGGACAGAGUACACUGGCAAGAUUCCCUACCCAAGGCCUGGAACAUGUCCGGGAGGAACCUUCACUCCUGGUAUCCAAUCCUCAAAGAACUUUUCAGAUGAGGCUGUGAAUUUCAUCAGAGCCCAUCCCCUCAUGUUUCAUUCAGUUUAUCCUAUCCAUCGCCGCCCCCUGGUGGUGAGAACUGGUGUGGACUAUAGGUACACUGCCCUGGUGGUGGAUCAGGUGGAUGCUGUUGAUGGGCGCUAUGAAGUGCUCUUCCUGGGGACAGAUCGAGGCACUGUGCAAAAGGUAAUAGUUUUGCCUAAGGACCCAACGAGCAUGGAGGAAUUGACACUAGAGGAAGUGGAGGUUUUUCGGACCAGAGCACCAGUCAAGACUAUGAGGAUAUCAUCUAAAAGACAACAGCUGUACGUGUCAUCAGACGCAGGGCUGACCCAAGUGUCGCUGCACCGCUGCGGGGUAUACGGCAGGGCCUGCUCUGACUGCUGUCUGGCUCGGGACCCCUACUGUGCCUGGGAUGGAGAGAGUUGCUCUGCUUUCACGCCAUCAACCAAAAGGAGAAGCAGAAGGCAGGACGUUAAACACGGCGACCCGCUGAGGCAGUGCAGAGGCUUUAACGCCAAAGUUGAGAAACGUCUGAGAGAGACAGUGCAGUUUGGAGUAGAGGGCAGCAGUACCUUCUUGGAGUGUCAGCCUCGUUCUCCCCAGGCCACAGUAAAGUGGCUCUUCCAGAGAGACGGAAAGAGGAAAGUGCUCAACCGUGCCGGAGGCGUUCUUAAGACCAACCACGGCAUCCUUCUGAAGUCUCUCAACCAAACAGACGCUGGGCUCUACCACUGCCUCGCCACUGAAAACAACUUUAAACACACGGUGACCCGCAUUGCGCUGCGCAUCCUUGACCGAGACAUCGUUUUAGCUCUCACCGCUCAAGACGAGGACGAAGAGCCAAAAUCCCGCCAGACACGGCCAUACUCGCAGUCCUCCCUCGCCUCUACACCAUUCCCGCCUGAGAUUAGACUGAUCAACCAGUACUGUCAGUCCUACUGGGAACAAAUCAGUCCCAAACAGCAGCAGCAGCGGAAGCGCACCAGCCGCAGGCACACAGAAAGCCAGGACCAAGGGCUCGGCUAGGAGACGGGACCAACACUGUCCGGCACUGGCCUGUAUAGACUUUAUGGUGGACUUUAGUUUGACACAUCUUUGGGUGUCACUUCUAUUCAUUAGGCAGGCGAUGCUGUCUUUCUGUCCUUAACGUGUAUUGGUGGUUUUGCAAACGCCAGCCCAGUAAAUACAUAUGAAAUAUAUUUUACACUACUGAUGACCACAUUCUAAGUUGUAGCAUACAUUUCUAUUCUCCAAAACACAGCUGUAUUACCAAUGUGGUUAAAAAAAACGAAUGAAAAACAGACUGCACAUUGGGGUUGAUCACAUAUUUCACACACACACUUUGGUGUUGAUUUGGACAAAGGCUGACUGUGAUGUAAAGUAUAUGUAAGAUAUAGUUAAUGGGCUCCAACACGCAAAAACACAAGUAUGUUCUCUUUUAAGUAUCUUGAAACAGAAAUGUAAUAUAUUGAUUGUGAAUAUAAUAUAUAAGGUCGUGAUGCAGUCAUCGGAUUGCUCUUGCAUAACGAUGACAUGAAUGCAUAUUUUGCAUGCGUACUGUUGUUGUUUGUUGCAAGUUGUACAUUUAAUUGUUCUGUUUUCUGGUGUGUUACGAUGUUUGUAAGGUGUAUUGUUUUAUGUUAAGCUAAUUCCAUUGGAUUUUGUCAUACAAUGACUCCCUUACUGUCCUGUGCAUUAGUGACCUACAGUAUGUGAGUAUUGAGGCUAUGUAUAGCGUACAGUGUUCUUCCAGUCAUGCACUUUGUAGGUGGUGGUAUUUGAGGGAACUGGGGAUUUUGCACAGACGUUUGAGAAUAUGAUACAGGAACCUACUUUUUUAUGUACAGUAUGUUAUAAAAAUGGGAACGAAACUGGCUCAGAUUUAGUAUUGUUGGUGUUCUGUCAUAAGCUGUAGUCACAGGUUGGUUUUUGGGUUUGUUUGUUUUUUUAAAUGGCUCUUUAAGCAUAUUUUCCUCUCGGAGCCGCUUUUCACCUCCGUAGUGAGAAUCACAGUGCUAUGUGUUGUGAUGCUGAUGAAUCCUACACUGGAAGUGUUAGAAAAAAAUAUAAGCAUUUCAGAAUUCUCA